AUGGCAGACUCGAGCAACAACCACCCGAAGACCCUCAAUUUUAAUGUGGGGGUACUUGGGCAUGUCGACAGCGGGAAGACGUCGCUUGCCAGGGCGCUCAGCAGCACAGCGUCCACUGCUGCCUUUGACAAGAACCCCCAGUCCCGAGAGAGAGGCAUCACCCUGGAUCUCGGCUUCUCCUCCUUCACCGUGGACCUCCCCGAGCAGCUGCGGGAGGACUCCGGGGGCUACGGCUACGACAACCUGCAGUUCACGCUGGUGGACUGUCCUGGACACGCGUCCCUCAUUCGCACCAUCAUUGGGGGUGAGAGAAGUGAAUGAAGAGAAUAUCAUAUUACUGCAGAGAUAAAUCGAUAACCUAACCAUAGUGGCAAGAGAGCAAAUGCACAGGUGUUGACACCUGUGUAACGGUGGAGAUCCCAUCACUCACACUAAAUGACUGUACAUAUUUAAACUGGCCAGUCAGCUGUCUGACAGCUCCUGGUACUCUAGCCCUGAGUUUGACUGCCAGCUUCAAUAAUGGCAAGUGGGAACAUACAAUGACUUAAUCAGAUAUGGAUAUGGCUAAUUGAUUGCGGGUGUAAAAAUAGAGUUUAAACUCUAGACUCAACCAGCAGAGGGCGACUGGAACUGCAGAAUAAAGACUACACAUACACCCCAUACAAAUAUACUUUAUUUCUCGACUCAACUGUGUAAGGCAGCCAUUACAUGGUUAACCCACACUGACUGACUGCCCCUCCACUAGCCUGUGGCUUGGCAAGGAAGAGGGAGAGAGAGGAGCAAUGGGUUGAAGUCUCCAGGAGGACGAAAGAGACCUCCUUACCCUUACGCCCCAGCUGAACCCUGCUUACUCAUUCCCCCUCUCUUUCUUGCUACUAUCUCCCUUCUUUCUCUCUCUCCUCACUCCUUAGGAGUGUUUGUAGGGUUGAUCCACUUUUCUAUUAUUAGUUUUAUUAUUUCUAGGUAAGGAAUUGACUAUAUGUAUCCUGGAAGAGGAGACUGCUUUAACAGGGCUGAGAGGUGAGGGUAUGCAUUGGUGGGAGAAGAAGAUGGGAGUUGAAGGAAAUCAGGAUAAGGGGAGCACACACAGUGGCCGUGUGGCCUGAGUCAGUGUACAUGGCUGGUAGUUUACUAUAUAAAGCCAGUGUGUCCCUGUGGAUGGCACAUCCUGUCGAUUUAGGGCGGAAGGAAAGUGUGGGGAUCAGGGUAUGUAAUAAACUUCCUCUCCUGUCCCUAAUGGGGAGAGCACAGGAAAUAAAGAGCGCCAAAGAGAGGCAGAUAAAAUAGGGGAGCACAGGAAAGAAAGAAUGCCAAAGAGAGGGAAAGAAAAGAGGGAGAGGAAAGACAACCAAGUGAGCUGGGGCUCAAAUUUCAGCCCUCUAGCCCUUCUCCCUUUUUUACAUCCCUCUCUACCCUUUGUACCCUCCAUCUUCUCUCUCUCCCUCUCUUCUUAUGUUGUUAUUCUUGGUUGUCUGUUGCUGUUUCUCCAUUGGUUGCUCAACUUAUGACUGGUCAUAUGGGCCCUGUGUAGAUAAGCUGUAACCAUGCAGUGCUGAGUGGUCACAAUCAUUUAACUGCAGUAGUUUUGGACUGGGGUGUUAUUAUAGACAAGCCAUAUAGCAUACAUAAAAGUCUAAUUGUGAGUGUGUGUGUUCCAGGGGCUCAGAUCAUAGACCUGAUGAUGCUGGUGGUAGAUGUGGUGAAGGGGAUCCAGACCCAGACAGCAGAGUGUCUGCUGAUAGGAGAGCUGACCUGCCCCCACAUGGUGGUCAUUCUCAACAAGACUGACCUGCUGCCGCCCAACAAGAGACAGACCGUCAUCGACAAGAUGACCAAGAGACUGCACAAGACCCUGGAGAACACCAGGUAACACACACACCAGGCCCCCAGUGUCCUUUCUGGAGCGUGAAGUCACCAGCUCUGCUGGUCGGCUACUGUGUAGCCACCUAGCACUGCCAAAAGCCCUGGGCUUGUAUCCACAAAGCGUUUCAGUGUAGGAAAUUGGUCGUAAGUGCUGAGAAUAGAGACAUCUUACUCCUACUCUUAUGGGUAGAAAUAAAAGCUAUGCAGGAAGGGCUUUAGUCAUAAGAGUCCCACCAAGUCGACAGAUAUUUAUGACACCUCAUAAGCUGUCCUAACCAGUUAAUAGUUACCAGCAGGUGUCUUGAUAAUAGAAAAAUGCAGCGAGUCAGUGGUUCCUGUGCCACAUGCAACUGCUUUGGAGUUGUUCAAAGAAUGUUUUGAUAUUUCUAUACGAUCAAUCUAUAAAUAAUCUAGACCUACAUGCUACAGUAUCUCUUGUGUCUUUGACAAUGAUUUCACAUGAGGCCUAUUUCACAUGAUAUGCCUAAAUACGUAUAACUAAUAAAUAAACACUUUUUUCUUUUGAUUAUUUAAUUACCUACAUUAUGUUAUUUCAAGCUAUUCAUUUGGAGCGCAACAUCACGUUGUUAAAAAAUAUGUCUAAUUGGACAUGUCUACAAGUUGGGAAAUUGAAGGCAUCUAGGGCUUAUGUUAACUUUGAUUGUUUUCGAUGAAAAUGAUAGACCUUUCAAACGUUGUAUGCAACUUUAUCUGCAAAUGACUUGAUGCCUACUGUGCCAAAUCGAUUUAGAUUUGUUAAACAGGAGUGACAAGUGUGUUGAUAUAAUGGUAAUUGUCAAAAUUCCGCUUUUAACAACCAUCAGAAUUGGUUAAAAAGGUUUAUGCAUGCCAACAUAUUAAAAAAUAAUUAAGAGUAGGCACAUUUUCGUGUCAGUCAAAUUAUAUAAAACAUUUUAUAAUUGCAACAUUUGAUGUACAGUCACAUUCACCGUAGUUGUCUGAAGCAACGCGUGCUAUAGAGUUCACAGCUGGCGAUGCCCUCAUCGUGAUUGGUUAUUCCCAAUCAUUUACAACAUGUCAAUGAGCAUCAUCACUAUCUUUCCUUUGCGGUACCUCAACUGUUGUGAUUACCAGCUGAGAUACAUUUUUAUGAGUUGAUUUUACUUCUGGCUCAGAGUUUGUCUGAGCAGUGACUUAACAUCAUCCUAAAACCUACUCUGAGCUGGGAUUUAUUUUUGUCUUUAAACAGGUUUUAACAGGAUUCUAAGAACUUUUCUGAGAUGCUUUGUGGAUGAUCGCCAGUACUGCCAAACACAUUUUGUUUAGACUGCCGUUUUGGGCUAUAAAAUGUGUUUAUUAUGAUCAAGUUCGAUCCCCACUGUGAAUUAUUUUAAAGUUCGCUACAAAUCGAGAUAUUGAAUUAAAUAGUGAUACAUUCUGACUACUACAUUUGUCGUCACACAGGACCAGGUGCUGACACAGACCAAUCAUGGCCGGCAGGCUAUGAGGAGGCUCCAUAGACAUUAAGGUUGACUCUCUCAGGCAGGAUGAGAACGACUACAUCGACCAUGAUCCUUUGCUAGUUACGGCCACUUUGACUAUGAUCGUUAGCGAUUUUUUUGGGUGCCACUCAGCCCCAUUCAGCAAUAAUAGCGUGCUUCAAAUUCAAAUAUUACCAACUUCAUGUGCCAUCGGGAGUUUUCCAUAGGAAUACAUGGAUGACGUCAACGCUAUCACUAUCUGCUGGUUUUAAUGUCUAUGACACACACACAGUAAAUCUAACCCUCGUUUCAUCCCCUGUUGGACAGAUUUAAAGACUGUCCUGUGAUUGCCUUGGCAGCAAAGCCUGGGGGUCCUGAGGCCCCUGAAUCAGAGGAGCCCCAUGGAGUGCCUGAGUUAAUAGAGGUAAAGACCCUGAACACACUGGUGCCCCAGGAUGUGCCUGCACUAUUAGCAGUUUGGGUUAAUAUUCUGACUUGUGUGUAGAAGUCUUCAAUGAUACAUACAGUAUCAUACAGUAAAAGGUAGAUCUUACAGAACAAAGAGGUAUGACAGACACUGUCAGGUCAGGGGGUUCUGCCAUAUGAUUAAAACACAAGAGACACUGUCAGGUCAGGGGGUUCUGCCCUAUGAUUAAAACACAAGAGACACUGUCAGGUCAGGGGGUUCUGCCCUAUGAUUAAAACACAAGAGACACUGUCAGGUCAGGGGGUUCUGCCCUAUGAUUAAAACACAAGAGACACUGUCAGGUCAGGGGGUUCUGCCCUAUGAUUAAAACACAAGAGACACUGUCAGGUCAGGGGGUUCUGCCCUAUGAUUAAAACACAAGAGACACUGUCAGGUCAGGGGGUUCUGCCCUAUGAUUAAAACACAAGAGACACUGUCAGGUCAGGGGGUUCUGCCCUAUGAUUAAAGAGACACUGUCAGGAAGUGUUUAUGAAACCACAGGAUACACACUCAACACUAAUAUAUGGCUCUCUGUGUGUAUGACUCUGAAUCACACUCAUGCCUACAAUGACCUUACAAUGUUAUGACAGCAGUUUUGACUUUGGUGUGUGUGUCCUAGCUGUUGAAGAGCCAGACGUACCUUCCUCACAGAGACCCGGGGGGAGCCCUACUGAUGGCCGUGGACCACUGCUUCUCCAUCCGUGGUCAGGGCACAGUCAUGACCGGAACCAUCCUACAGGGGGCGCUGGCUGUCAACGACACUGUGGAGAUCCCAGCGCUCAAGGUACGGUCACUAACCACAGAACACUGAUGUACAUGACCACUGAAAGAAGUCUUGGUCAGUGGUUCUCAACCUCAAUCCCCCAUGUCUAUGGACCAGAAACCAUUCUUUGUGAUAUUGCAGAACAUUACAGUGCAUUAGUCAAUUUAAUUUGUUCUAAUUGUAGUUAAUGUGAUCCUAUAAAGAGACUAUAGCAUGAUGGUAGUCCCUGCUUCCAGAAGGGUUGAGAAUCAUUGAUGUAGUAGAAUAACCCUGAUUCAGAUGACCUGGAAGGCUGCAGUAGAAGCUAAAAGCUACAGAGUUUUUUUGGGGAGGGAAGUUCAGAAGUUGACUGCAAGAGGAGAGAGGGAGGGAUGGUAGUGUGGGGGUGGAGGAUGUCUGUGUGUGUUUUUUGGGGAGGGCAGGAUGGGGAGACUGGGGAGAAGGGGUGGGGGAUUGGCAGUACAGGAGCUGGCUAAUUUAGACCAGAUGCAGUCACUCACACUUGUAGGCCAGCCUAGUCUAAACACCAGUUUAUUAUCUUGAACCUUACUAUCAACUGGUGUCGUCAUAACAUCCUCCAUCGGGUGGCGGCAGAAGCCUGGAUAAACCAGCAGGUAGUCUCAGCAUUCAGUGUCAGAAAAAAAUGGUGGUUAGGCCACACCGACCAUACUCACCCACUCUCCCUCACACAAUGAACACAAAAUAAAAACAACACUCAAAGAUUAUUCUGAACACUGAACACACUGAACACAAAUAUAAACGCAACAUGUAAAGUGUUGGUCCCAUGUUUCAUGAGCUGAAAUAAAAUAUCCCAGAAAUGUUCCAUACGUACAAAAAUAUUAUUUUGCUCAAAUUUUGUGCACAAAUUUGUUUACAUCCAUGUUAGUGAGCAUUUCUCCUUUGCCAAGAUAAUCCAUCCACCUGACAGGUGUGGCAUAUCAAGAAGCUGAUUAACAUCAUGAUCAUUACACAGGUUCACCUUGUGCUGGGACAAUAAAAGGCCACUCUAAAAUGUGCAGUUUUGUCACACAACACAAUGCAACAAAUGUCUCAAGUUUUGAGGGAGCGUGCAAUUGGCAUGCUGACUGCAGGAAUGGCCACCAGAGCUGUUGCCAGAGAAUUGAAUGUUCAUUUCUCUACCAUAAGCCGCCUCCGUUGUUUUAGAGAAUUUGGCAGUACGUCCAACCGGCCUCACAACCGCAGACCACAUGUAACCACGCCAGACCAGGACCUCCGCAUCCGGCUUCUUCAUCUGUGUAUGGCGUCGUGUGGGCGAGCGGUUUGCUGAAGUCAACUUUGUGGCUCAUGGUGGGGUUAUGGUAUGGACAGGCAUAAGCUACAAUGAACACUGCAUUUUAUCGAGCCAUUUGAAUGCACAGAGAUACCAUGACGAGAUCCUGAGGCCCAUUGUCGUUCCAUUCAUCUGCCGCCAUCACCUCAUGUUUCAGCAUGAUAAUGCACAGCCCAAUGUCGUAAGGAUCUGUUCACAAUUCCUGGAAGCUGAAAGUGUCCCAGUUCUUCCAUGGCCUGUAUACUUACCAGGCAUGUCACCCAUUGAGCAUGUUUGGGAUGCUCUGGAUCGACGUGUACGACAGCGCAUUCCAGUUCCCGCCAAUAUCCAUCAACUUCGCACAGCCAUUGAGGACUAUAUUCUAAGGAGAUGUGUCACGUUGCAUGAGGCAAAUGGUCAUGACACCAGAUACUGACUGGUUUUCUGAUCCACGCCCCUACCUUUUUUAGGUAUCUGUGACCAACAUAUCUGUAUUCCCAGUCAUGUGAAAUCCAUAGAUUAGGGCCUAAUGAAUUGACUGAUUAAUUGACAUAGAUUAGGGCCUAAUGAAUUGACUGAUUUCCUUACAUGAACUGUAACUCAGUAAAAUCAUUAAGUGUUGCAUGUUGCGUUUAUUUUUGUUCAGUGUAUAUUGUACAUGUUCAUACUUCAUAAUCUGUCAAUUGCAUACCUAACCUUGCACAAACAAACAAUAGAGCUGAUGAGUUAGUUUGAUAGUCUCUCUGUGUUUGUCUUUUAACCGCUAGGUGACCAAGAAAGUGAAGUCAGUUCAGAUGUUCCGGCGGCCGGUGGAGAGGGCCAUGCAGGGUGACCGGGUGGGCGUGUGUGUGACCCAGUUUGACCCUAAACUUCUAGAACGGGGGGUGGUGUGUACCCCUGGUUCCCUACACACCCUCCAUGCAGCCCUCAUCUCCGUCAGAAAGAUUGGCUACUUCAAGGGUUCCCUGGCCACCCGCGCUAAGUUCCACAUCACCGUGGGCCACGAGACCGUCAUGGCCAGGGUCACCUUCUUCGGUCUGCCCCCUGGAGAGACCCACCAGACCUCCACCACGGACCCCCAACUACCCCCCUCAGACCCCCACGCCCCUGAGCCAGACCCCAGACCCCUGGACACACCCUUCUCCUUUGACCGGGAGUACUUCCACCAGGACGAGUAUGUGAUUGGCCAGCGGGAGGCCGGAGGGUUGGGACAAGACCCGGAGCAGUGGGCGCUGCUGGAGUUUGAGCGUCCGGUCACAUGUCCCACUCUCUGCCUGGUGAUUGGCUCCAAGCUGGACACAGACAUCCAUGCCAAUGCGUGCCGACUGGCGUUCCAGGGGCGUCUGCUGGAGGGCUUUGAGGAGAAGAGCUACUCUGAGACUACACUACCCAGACUACAUAUCUACAAGACCAAAUACAAGGAGGGACAGGUGGAGAGGGUGAGUGGACCCACUGCCACACACAGACACAUCCUCCACCCCCACACUCCCCGAAUAGUCUGCACACACACCCUCCCCUCCCAUCGGUCUUCAUGCUUGGAUCUCUGUCCUUGUUCCUCUGCCCUCUCUCUCAUGCCUUUCCCUCUCUCCUUCCUGUCUUCUGGUCCUUGUUUGGAUGUUUCUCGUUGCUGGUGGCACUGGAGAGUUUUUCAGGGACUGAGCUCCCAUUGUGUACACACAUACACAUACGGAGUCCCGGUGGCAUGGAGAAGUAUGCGGGGCCUUUUCGUGUGCUGGGCUGUGACACAAGCGUGUGGCCCCCUGAUGCCAGCGGCAACAGCCAGACAGCCAGACUGGUGCUGUUUGGACCUGAGUGGCACAGGAAUAUACCCACAUCCACAUGGCUCUCUGCAUUCCCCCCGGCCCGUACUCUGGCCCCUGCUCUCUGCUCUCUCUCUGUCUCUCUGCCUCGGCUCUCUCACUCUCAUCUCUCUUUUUCUCUCUCUCUCUUUGUGUCCUCAAUCUGUUAUGGUUUUUGAUCUCUCCCUGGCUCGAUCGCACUCUUGUAAUAUCUUCAAUGACUUAUUUUGUCAUUUAAUUCAACACAUUUACUCUGGCUCUUCUGUUGUUCCUCAGUUUGUCUUCCCCUUUUUUUCUCAUAAGAGUCUUAUCUGCCUCGUUGCUCCUGCCUGUCUGUCUGUUUGAGUGUUGUCUGCAGCCACAGUACACACCCUCUCUCAGGAUCACUCACAGGUCAGCGGUCAAGUGUGUGGACAAGUUUUACUGCUGUUAGACUGUUACACAGAGGGCGUUGACCGUGAGGUUGAUCCUAUCCCUGUGAGGUCAGACUCAGGUCAUGUGAUGUGGGUGUGGGUUCCCCUCCCAGAAUGAGGAAGUCCUAUUUGUUUAGGUUUUUUUUCUAAGAGGACAAAUAUCUGAGAUGGAGUUUGAAUGUUUGAGAUAUGACAAAGUAAUAUCUUUGAGUCAUGCCUUAGUCACUGUGUUAUUUUAUUAGGAUCCCCAUUAGCAGUUGCAAAAGCAGCAGCUACUCUUCCUGGGGUCCACAUAAAACACAACACAUGACCUAAUACAGAACAAAAAUAGACAAGAACAGCUCAAGGACAGAACUACAUACAUUAAGAGUAUAAUUGUAACCAACUGUAGCUUAUCAGCGGUCACGCAUCAGUCAGAACUGAACAUCAGCGCGAGAGAGGGAAGGAAUGGACAAAGGGGGAGAAGUAGCGAGGGACAGAGUGCUGCCCUCCCUUUAUCGGAUCAGUGACGGGUGAGAGAGUCUCAGUGAUGGACAGAUGGGGGGGGGGGGGAAAUACAAACAAACAGAAGAAAAAUGCGAAGAGGAAUGAAAGAGAGGACAGACAGACAAACGGCAGUCCUAGGGGAAUGUGGCUCAUGGUUGGGUUGGGACAGGGUACAAAACAGUGUCGUGGUGGGGUCAGCCACACCCCCCCCCACCCCACACCUCACUAUGGCGACAGUGGUAGCAUGGCAACACACGAGAUGUGUGUUAGAUCAGAGAGAGGAACAUGAAAAACAAACAAACACUGACCUUUCUUAUACUGUCUGCCUCAAUAAAUCAUUAAAGGAUAUGCUGGAACAUUAGUUAAUGAUGUUAUUAUUUGUAUGAUAUUUUCCACUUUCUUGUGCUAUUUGCUUGUAUUCGUUACUGGAAGUUGCUCAUUUAAUAAUAAUAUUAUUUAGGCGUAUUACAUUAGAAAAAUAUAUUUUCCAGUUUAUUUAAUUAUUUUGUUGUAUCUGUCAUUGGUGCCUCUCAAGUCUCCUUCUUCCUCUUCUCUGGUCAGGUGACAGACAACUACACUGUGAUUGGCCGAAACCUGUUCAAGAAGGAGACCAACCUGCAGUUGUUUGUGGGGUUAAAGGUCACGCUGUCGACCGGCGAGGCGGGGGUCAUCGAAGGCGGCUUUGGACAGAGCGGGAAGUUUAAGAUCCGUGUGCCAGGUACGUAGUGAUGGGGCUGUAUGAAUGUGUUAAGGAUAAAACAGACCACGCCGACGAUUGGUUAAAAGCAGCGUAUGGGUGUAUGAUCAGAUAUCAUCAGACCAUCACAUAUCAGCCAUCAUUUUAUAUUAAUUUCCUGGCAUUUCUACAUGUUGAAACGCCUCCCUUCAUUGACACCCAGCAGUACUGCACACGGCCGACGUUCAUUAUGGUUUGUCUUUCCUUCUUAUAUUAUUAACAGUCAAGAUAAGGACUGUACUGUUUGGAUUUCUUACUGCAUUUGUCAGCAAUACAUAUUCCAUUUGUUUAUUCGUCAGAAUGAUGCAAUUACAUCUAGUAGAACCGAAGCAUGAAAGGGGCCUUCUCUUUUCUCCUCUAUCUUUCCUGCUCUCUCUCUUUCUCUCUCUCUCUCUGGUUCCCGUGGUUGUCCGUGGUCCAUUCUUUGUCAGGAUCAGGAUGUGGUGUGCUGGGAAUCCCACUCCAGCAUUCCCAGGAUUCCUCUGGGGGUAGCUCUGGUUCCGGGGGAAGUCUGCACCCUGUUUAUUUUACCUUCUGUCGCUCCACUCCCCUCCGACACACAGAUAGGCUCCACACUGGGCCCGGCGGGAAGACAUUUAGAAAGAGAACCCUACCUACAUCCUCUCAACUCACUCACACUGACGUACACACUCACACAUGCUCUUACAUAUACACUGACAUACUUGGCUAGUCACUUAAGACAUUCAGCAUGCUCAUUCACUCUCAUAGUAUGCCCCCUGCUGUGUGUUCAUCUGACCUCUCGCUACUCUGGGUGUGUUUGUGUGUGCUCCCUUUCUCUCAUUGUUGUUCGCCCCUUCAGAGGACAUGAUUCAAAAUGGAGAAAGUGAGGGAGAGAAAUUAAAAGAGCAGGGCUAGUUAAAUUUGAGUGAGUCUUUGAAGGCCCCCCAGACCCCUCCACAACCUCCCCCGCCCACACAGACACUACUGUCCAAUCCCCCCCCGCCACCGCCCUCCCCUGGCCCUGACCCAAACUCAUCCCCUACAAGCCCCUUAGGGCCACCAGCCUGGCACUAGACACUUAUUCUAGAGGAAAGAGAUGGAGGGACAAAUGGAGGGAAAGGAGCAGAGAAGAAGAGGGGGGUAGAUGUCCUUUAGACUUUGAAGGAAAGGUCUUCUCAUCUCCAAAAAGUUGGACCCGGACCCGAGGACAAUCCGACCCAGAUCAGAACAGACCCGCUAAAAAAAGAAAAGGGGGACCCGGACCUGAACGGACCCGAGAACAAUCAGACCUGAACCCAAAUGGACGCGAUGACAACCAGACCUAG